ACCAAACACACCCUAACCUGCCAGGGUGACCCCGAGUUUUCUAGUUGUACUUUGGUUCUAAUUGUACUUUGGAGUUGCAGGUUUAGUUUCGAUGGGCCUGAUUGCCUGAACCAAUGGAGGCCCAGAUCUCUUUGAGUGAUAGAGACACUGGCAGCCGGGGUAGACGUAAACCUGUGCGUACUGCGCUGGCAGGCUCCUGACGAAUUUUACAAAUCCCGUGCCAGCUGCCCGGCCGGCCGGACUCAAACCUGUUCAACUCUCCUGCGAAUCCAAGUGGAAACGAUCGGACGAAACAGCAACAGGCCAAAUCGAUCAGGACGAGCAACAGGACCACUAAUUCGGGGAAAACAAUCAUAAUCCUAUGAGUUGUUAAAUUGCUCACCAGCACACUCAUUCAUGCACGCGCUUUGCAGACCCAGUAGCGAUGCCGCCUGCCGCCUGCAGUCCCGGGCAUCACACCGUCCACAUCAAUUCCACCCGUGCACGCACUCGUCAGCCAGAGCCCUGCCUCUGCUCUAUAUAUAUACAUGCAUCAUGGCCGCCCAACAACGACACGACACAACCCCAAGAGUAUUGUAGAGAGCAGCAGGCAGCAGCACAUCGUUCGUUCCAUCCAUUUUCGUUAAGAAGAGUAACGUUCUGACGAUGGCCUCAGCUGCUCGGUCCGCCGCGCUCCGCGUGCUGCUGCUGGUGGCGGUGGCCAUCGCCGGCGCCCUCUCGGACCCGACGCCGCUCCAGGACACCUGCGUGGCCGACAUGCGGGCCGCGACGCCGGUCGACGGGUUCGCGUGCAAGCCGCAGUCGGCGGUGGUGGACGAGGACUUCUUCUCCCGCGCCAUCGCGUCCGCCGCGAGCACCGCCAACCCGUUCGGCGCCAACUCCACGCGCGCCACCGUGGCCACGUUCCCGGGCCUCAACACGCUGGGCGUCUCCAUCACGCGCGUCGACCUGGCCCCCGGCGGGCUCAACCCGCCGCACUCGCACCCGCGCGCCUCCGAGCUCGUCAUGGUGCUGCAGGGCGAGGUCUUGGUCGGCUUCACCACGGGGGCCAACCGCCUCUUCUCCAAGGUGGUCAGGGAGAACGAGCUCUUCGUCGUGCCCCGCGGCCUGCAGCACUUCCAGCUCAACACCGGCGCCGGCGACGCCGUGUUCGUCGCCAUGUUCGACAGCCAGUCGCCCGGCGUCGUCACGCCCACCUUCGCCAUGUUCUCCACUAAGCCUGCCAUGCCCAUGGAGGUGCUCACCAAGACGUUCCUCACGGGCGAGGACCAAGUCAAUGCCAUCAUGUCUAAGUUCGCUGGCUUCUAACAUGCAACACAAGAUACAGCCUAUCAGCAGUUUAAUUAGCUGCACAUCUACCCGGCCCGAUCCAGUCACGUUAAUUAGUGUAUGUAUUCAUUCGUUUUUACGUAUUUAUUCUCUGUUCCCCUGAAACUGUUUUUUCUCCACAAGUUUGUAUUCUGCCAAAUGUGUAAACACAAUGUUAAUUAAUCAUGUUUCCCACAUUAUAUUACAGUGUGAAUAAUACCUUCAGUUUGACAAAAACUACUGUAUUUUUUGAGCUAGCCAAAAUUACACUGUUGUCCCAUUGCAAGAUAUAAUAUUGUAAAACCAUGGUUUUAAAAAAUAUUAUUGUCAAACAGGCCCUAAGCCAUGUUUAGGUGCUCUCCAACAGCGCCCUUCGUUCGUCCCCUCACCCCCGCGAGGGUGUACGAUUGCUCCCCCUCGUUCUAAGUAGAUCCCUAACCCUA